UGCAGUGGAGGGACCCUAGCAAGUCACAUCCGGCAGGGGGGUGCAAGGGGCGGAGCUCGCCCCAGAGAGGAGACCCUGCCUGCCGCCGCCGGCAUCUCACUACCGCGACAAACCACAAUCCUGCGGGCUGCUCUUCUGGCCACUGAAGCAAGAGACUCAGCAGGUGAUGGCGAGCGAGGGGAUCGGGGUUCUGGAGCCGGCCGUGUGCCCGCCGCUCAUACAAGAGUGGGAUGCACUCCUGGCCCGGUCCAGUGUCCCUGGAGCUGGGACGCCUAGGCCCUGCGACCCUGCAGCCAGCCCCGGAACCUCACUGUCUUCCUCAGAAAACACUGAAGAGAAACCUGCCUCCUGCGUUCUGAACCCGGAUGGCUGCGACAAGGGCUCUGGUACUGGGGUAGGGACCAAAGGGAAGGCUGAGGAAGUGACGACUGAGGAAGACUCCGUAGCCGCGGAGAAGCCUGCGGAGGUAGGGGAGAAGCUGGAGUGGGUCGCAGAGGCCCAGGUGAGCCUGAGGCCUCUGGACCUAGGGGCUCUCAUUGUGGACCCUCUAGAGGCCAUCCAAUGGGAGUUAGAGGCCAUGAGUGCCCAGGCUGACGGGGCCCACCUCCAGCUGGUACGCAGGUUUGGGAGGAUGCGUCGGUUGCACCUGGCCCGUAGGAGCUUCAUCAUCCAAAAUAUUCCAGGCUUUUGGGUCACUGCCUUCCUGAACCACCCACAGCUAUCAGCUAUGAUCAGCCCUAGGGAUGAAGACAUGCUUGGCUACCUGAUGAAUUUGGAGGUGAGGGAGCUCAGGCACACCAGAACAGGUUGCAAGUUCAAGUUCCUAUUUGGGAACAACCCUUACUUCCGAAACGAGGUGAUAGUGAAGGAGUACGAGUGCAGGUCCUCAGGCCGCGUGGUGUCCAUUGCUACUCGCAUCCGCUGGCACCGAGGCCAGGAGCCUCCAGCCUUGGUGCACAGGAACCGGGACACCGUUCGAAGCUUCUUCAGCUGGUUUUCACAGCACAACCUCCUAGAAGCUGACAGGGUGGCCCAGAUCAUUAAAGAUGACCUGUGGCCCAACCCGUUGCAAUACUACUUGCUGGGGCAAAGGCCCUACAGAGCUAGACGAAGCCUUGCAAGACGGCCAGCGGAGGCUCUGCCAAGGCCCUAUGGGUUCCAGUCUGGCUAAGUUCUGCUCAGAUGCUUGGUGAUUACAUACGACUCUAGCUCUCUGCCUGUCAACCUACCUAUGUCUAGGCCAGUGCUCUGCUGUCUGCUUUCUCUUCUGUGAAUUCUGACUCCUCAGCAUGUUUGGUGGACUCUGAGCCAAGGCUGUGAUCUUCAUGCUGUUCUAUGUCGGCAUCAUGGGAUUCUCAUACACCACUGUACUUAGAGCAGGCACCCAAUGCUAUGGAUUUGUACUGUCAUCAUGGGUAUGGCCUGUACCCACAUGUAAAACAUGGCCUUUCACUCACUUGACAUCAUUACCAACAAGGCUUCACAAGGACUAGUUCCUGUUGGAGGCCUAGCUCUUCAAAACUAGGCAUCAACUAUGCUGUGCUUGUCAAGCGUUGAUUGUCCCAAACUGAAGUGUGUCACCUAAGAUGAAGUAGGUGCAUUUGGUCCUGGUGGUCAACCAGACUUGGAUAUCCCAUGGCUCCAAGACCACAGACAGAGCGGCUCCUACCACCUGGACUAUUGAGGAUCUGCAACCUGGACAGCCAGGUGAUGAGACAUGGGUGAGGCCCACACCGGAAGCAGUGGGCAGUACACUAUUCCUGAUCAUACUUCUCUUCUCGUCCUAUGUAUGUCCCUCUCAUAGCCUGCUGUUGGCUUGUGAAGACCUGUGUUGUACCCUACCCACGCCUGGCCAUUGCCUUUUUGAGGAGUUCUACCUUGUCUACCAUCAUCCCCGUUGCCUGCUUUCAGGUCUGUAAGUGUCACCUGUCAGUGUAGUGAGCGCUCCUGAUACCAUGGAGAUUUUUUCAGGCUGGGUGUAUGUUCAAGGUAUAAGCAAGGAUAGGGGACUCCUUUAAGAAGCCUCAUUCCUAGACCCACACAGAACCCAGAAUUCUUGUCAGCUUCUCCCACACCUACCUGUUUUUAAGCUGCCACAUGGGUCCUGGAGAAGGGAGGCCUCUGGCCGUGGGGCCUGUUUCCACUGGCAUGGUUUUGAAUGGGACAAUUCUGAAACAAAUAACUGAAGAUGCUAUUUUUUUUUUUUCAAAUAGCUAAGGAGAUCCUUUCUUGAAUCUGCCUGUCUCCAGCGAGGAAGACAGUGCUCUCUGGCCCCAUCCCCUUGCUCUGAUUUCUCUAGCAAGGCUUAGACUAUCUAGAGUGUACCGUGUCGGGCCAGGGCAGUUAAUCACAUCAUUUUACACUGUGUUCUUUUAAAGAAACUUUAGUCUCCCCUCCUCCUCUGCCCCCCUACCUCUUGUGGGUUCCUAUAGAUAACAAGGGUCCCUGCCCCUCCGAGUCCCUUCCAGGUUGUCUAUCUCAUGAAAGGCCUUGCUUUCUUCUCCCUAGGACACAGAGGCAUAAAAUAAUGGACAUGGAGAACCUUCAGUCUUUGCUGGCUCGCUUUCUUUUGAUUCACCAAUAUAUUUUGUAAAUUAGAAGAGAAACAUAAUAUUGCCACAUCUUGGCUCUUUUCUGGUGCAGUAAUUAGCUUGUAUGGGCAGGAAAUUAACAUAUUUUCCAUUUAGCGCCUGUUGAGUAAGACCCACACAUCAUCAACUUCUCUGCCUUUACUGAAAAACUGAGCGUACAGGCCUGCUUGUGUUUAGUUGAGGACAUUUAUAAGGUAGCUUUGCACCUUACAACUGCUCUGUACCGCUUGGACAAGUGUGACUAUUUACUGUUGUUACUAAGUUGUGGCCUGGCACAAUAAUUUUAUCUUACAAACAGAGUUUGAAUCCUGUGAUUUUGCAGGACUUAAGGCUGGGUAUUGUUACUGUGUACUAUGAGAGUAACUCCCAGAGGAGACCCUGAAAUGGAUGGUCUGGAUGCUACUGGACUUCCUGGACCAUAUUACAACUGACCUGUUUCUAAAUGGAGAAGUAUUCCCAGGUGACUUUGUGCAGUCACAGAAGAGGGUUUAUCUCCUACAUUUAUGAUAAAGAAUAAAAACCUUCUGAUCUGGC